CUAGUCACAACCCCCACCAUGCCCACGGCCCCGAACUCGUCCAGCUCCAGCUCACGCACUGCCAGUGCUGCUGCCGCCCUAAUAGAGCAGCGAUGGGUGUACAGGACACUUGCGAUGCAGCGGUUCAACCUGACCGCGGAGGACAUGGAGAGCAUCCCGAUCCGGGCGCGGGUGCCCAACCCACAUGACCCGGACAUGGAGGCGAUCACGUACAGCGAGCGCGCGGUGGAGGAGAAGUGCUGGGCGCUGGGGAAGGCGCUGGGCGUUGUCCAGGAGGUUGACGAGGACCUGCCGCGGCUGGCAAAGCGGAGGGGGCGCUAUAUUCUCCGCACGGCGGCUUGUAAUGCCUUCAAUCUGGAGGCGUGGCAGCUGGACCGCAUCAAGCCUUUCCGGGAGGAGCUCAACCCCCACAACGCGUCGGGCGGCAAGAUGCGCUUCUACAACGUCUGUGAUGUCAAGAUGUUGGCGGGUAUCUAUGGCGCUACAUACCCCCCCUCCGUGGAGACGUUCGACGAUGAGGAAUACGAAGCCUACUUCUACGGCUACGACCAUGCUGACAACUACGGCUAUUCUGAUAACGACAACGACGACGACGACAAUUCCGACGAUGCUGAGGAAUCCGAGGAUUAUUACGACUCUGACGACGAAUAG